CUUUGACCAGCCAACUAGUGAGUUGGGCGAUAUCUUCGUGAUGUUCAUGACCGGCAUAGAUGACAUCAGCAUCUGAUUCUCCUUUGGUCCCUGGGAAUGGCGUCGCCUCGUGUGGCGGACAUGGCACUGAUGAAGUCUUAGAAGUGACCCAGCUUCUUGAAAACCAUCGGAUCACUUGCUGUAUCGGCGGUGCUUCUGCUCUCAUAUUUUAUGGUGCAGAAAGGGUUCGACAUACUUGGGAGAUAAUCGUUGACUCCGGGCAACUGGGCGAUGCUAUUGAGCUCCUGAAGUCCCCUAAAUAUGCCUCAGAUUAUCUGACUUUACCGGCCCCUCCAUUCCAACAGCGAUUCUCGCUUCCGCAUACUUACCAGCGGUUCCGAGGUUCAAGUUCGAACUACGAUUUUACUCUAGUACCUUCGGACCAUUCACACUUUUCCUGCCACAAGUCUACCAUCUGUCGCAGUGUGCAUGGCCUGCCGUAUCCCAAAUUACCUGUCCUGAUCCAGAGUUUUCUAGACACCAACAAUCGAGUGGCACUGUGCGAUGUGGUGGAUGGUACCAACGUCUCGGAGGACUGGGGAUUGCAGCAUCUCGAUCUCAGCGGCACGAAUGAUGUCGAGUGGGCUCUCAGGCUGAACAAGAUGUCGACGCAUCCAGUACCACCAUUUCCUACAGCCGCCAUUAAAAAACUGGAGCUCUGGAAGUCGGUGGUGCAAACGAAGAUUGAUCGGCUUGGGUGGACGCGGCCUUCGGAGCUAUUUACCACGCAAUAUCGCCUCAAAGGAUCAGAAGAUCCGUGGUUAGUGUAUAGCAAAGCCUAUUGA